AUGUUUGGAAGUUGUCAGUGCUGUGGAGUCGGUCCUGACGCUAGUGAGCCUGUGUCUUUGGGAGAUGUUGCCCAGGCCUUCACUCUCCUCACCUCCCUGACCCACCUCCAUACCCCUGCGACCCCACCUCCCCAGGUGCCCAUGCUCCCACAUCUCUACCUCCCCAAGUCCCUGUGGCCUUCUGGCCCUUGCCCCCUGCUGCUCCCACUGCCCGCCACAUCCACUGCUCUGUCUGAGCCCACUGUUGCAGCCAUCAUGCCUCAACUUCUAGUUGAAGCUCUCAGUGUGACUCCAGUCAUGAUGGAGGAUGUUUCUGGAGUCACAGUGGAUGCUGGGCUGCAAGUGGAAAGUCAAGGUGAAGAGGAAGUGUUUUCUGCUGACACAGCUGGUGCUCCCCACUUGCAGCAAGGAAUGCAGAAGGUGGCUGUGGGCUCCUCACUGGGCAGGACUGUGUACUGGCUGCCCACCCACAAUGUCCUGGACUGGACCUGCAUGCAGACUGUGACACCUGGACACCUCUGCUUGGGCACAGCGUCCCUCAUGGUGGAGUCCAUGCUGCCCAGGUCUGUGCUCACUGGUACUACCUGUAAGAUCUCUGCUGUCACAGAGGUUUGCUGGGCCAGGUUCUGCCGGGUGCCUGAGAAGUGGGGGGAAAUCCAGAUUGGUUCCCUUCAGCUGUGGAUGGGAGGAGGACCUGCAGCCUGGGGUGGGGGCUGGACAUCUGACCUUGAUCUCCUGGAGCCGGCCAAAGCUGCUGUCCAGGCCAGCAUGCUGUCAGGGGCCAGUGGCUGGCAGAGGUACUUCCAAGCCUUCAUCGUCCUGGUGCUGGUCCUGCUCCUGCUUGCUGGCUUUUCCCACUGGGAUGUGAGGCUGCUCACAACGCCACUCCAAGAGGCCUCAGAGUCCCCCAUCACCAACAUCAUGUUCCUCAAGACGCACAAGACGGCCAGCAGCACUGUGCUCAACGUGCUCUUCCGCUUCGCUGAGGCGCACAACCUGUCGACUGCGCUCCCUGAGGGCAGGCGCUUCCACUUGGGCUACCCCUGGCUCUUCCUGGCACGCUACGUGGAGGGCAGCGAGAAGGGGCUCCAGGGCCAGGAGAGGCGCUUCAACAUCAUGUGCAAUCACCUGCGGUUCAACCCAUCAGAGGUGCAGAAAGUCAUGCCCAAGGACACCUUCUACUUCUCCAUCCUGCGGAACCCGGCCUCCCAGCUGGAGUCUUCCUUCAUCUACUACAAAAACUUCGUGCCGGCCUUCCAGGCUGUGAGGAACCUGAGCACCUUCCUGGCCUCCCCGUGGACCUACUACAAUGAGAGCCUCGGCCUGAGGAACGUCUAUGCCCGGAACAACAUGUGGUUCGACUUUGGCUUCAACAACAACGCCCCACCGGAGGAGAGCUACGUGCGUGCGCGCAUUGCAGAGGUGGAGCGGCACUUCCAGCUGGUACUCAUCGCCGACUACUUCGAUGAGUCCAUGGUGGUGCUGCGCCACACGCUGCGCUGGACGCUGGACGACGUCGCCUACUUCAAGCUUAAUUCGCGCAGCCAGCGCAGCGUCGCCAGCCUCACGCUGCAAGACCGGGAGCGCGCCCAGCGCUGGUGUGCGCUCGACUGGAGCCUCUACCAGCACUUCAACCGCACCUUCUGGGCCCGGGCGCACGCCGAGCUGGGCCCGCGACGGCUGAGCGCAGAGGUGGCGCAGCUGCGGGCGCGGCGGCGCGAGCUCACCAACUUGUGUGUGCAGGACGCGAAGCCUUCGAACAAGUCACAGAUCGUGGACCUGCAGCUGAAGCCCUUCCAGUCCGGAGAGGCGGACAUCCUUGGCUACAAUCUGCGGCCGGGUCUGGACAAGGCCACCCUGCGGCUGUGCCAGCGGAUGGCCAUGCCAGAGCUGCAGUACAUGGCACAUCUGUACACCCUACAAUUCCCGGAGAAGCCUCCCAAGAACCUCCAGUUCCUGGAGGGGUAG